GCGCACUUACUUCCGCAUAAUACAGUCAAUGGAUUUGAUUACAUUUCAGUCGAACAAGUGUAUGUAGUUUUGCGUUCUGAUAAAACUUUAUAAUUACUCAUUUUGUAAACAGAAUUUGUAAAUAUUAAUCUUUAUAGGACGUUUGGAAUGAAUUAAGGUCGCUACGUAUAAAAAUUCAGCGUGAUAUAUUAAUAAUAGGAUGUUAAAAUCGAAUAAAAAGAUGUUAAAAGCGAUUAUCCUCAUUGGCGGCCCUCAAAAAGGUACCAGAUUCCGCCCCCUGUCGUUUGAAGUGCCUAAACCACUGUUCCCUGUGGCAGGAGUUCCCAUGCUACAGCAUCAUAUAGAAGCCUGUGCCCAAGUUCCAGAAGUUAAAGAGAUAAUACUAAUAGGGUUUUAUCAGCCCAAUGAGGAGCUUAACCGGUUUAUUUCUUCAGCUCAGCAGGAGUUUAAAGUCUCCAUCAGGUACCUGCAGGAGUUUGCUGCUCUGGGUACCGGUGGUGUCUAUCACUUUCGGGAUCAGAUCCUGUCCGGAGGGCCGGAUGCAUUCUUCCUCAUGAACGCUGACGUAUGCUCUGAGUUUCCCCUGCAGGAAAUGCUUCGGUUUCACCGCCAACAUGGGGACAAUCAUUGCGGGGUCAUACUUGGAACCACAGCCAACAGAACUCAAUCUCUGAACUAUGGCUGCAUUGUGGAAAACCAGCAAACAAAUGAGGUGCUCCACUUUGUGGAGAAACCCAGUACGUUUGUAAGUGAUGUCAUCAACUGUGGUAUCUACUUGUUCACACCAGAUAUUUUCGGUUAUAUUGGGAAGGUUUUCCAGAGGAAUCAACAAGAAAGAAUCCAAGAAGAGAUCGCGAAUGGCAGGCAGAUGCAAGAGGUGAUUCGUCUUGAACAGGACAUCUUUACAACCCUAGCGGGACAGAAAAAACUCUGUGUCUACAAAACGCAGCAUUUCUGGAGUCAGAUCAAGUCUGCAGGGUCAGCAAUAUACGCUAGCCGACUGUAUCUCAAACAGUAUCAUCAGACACAUCCUGAACGACUGACAACAAACCAAGACCGAGGACCAAAAAUAAUAGGAGAUGUUUUUAUCCACCCUACAGCUAACAUCGACCCUUCUGCUGUGCUUGGUCCUAACGUUUCCAUUGGAAAGGGUGUGACGAUUGGAGGCGGUGUAAGAGUGAGGGAGUCCAUUAUUUUACAUGGAGCUGUGUUACAGGACCAUUGCUGUGUGUUGAACAGUAUUGUUGGGUGGGACAGUACAGUGGGAAAGUGGGCAAGAGUGGAGGGAACCCCAAGUGACCCUAACCCCAACGACCCUUAUGCCAAGAUUGACAGCGAGACGCUGUUCAGAGAUGGAGGUCUGACCCCAUCAAUCACCAUCCUUGGCUGCAAUGUGAAUAUUCCAUCAGAGGUCAUUAUUAGAAACUCUAUUGUCUUGCCUCAUAAAGAUCUCAACAGGAGCUUCAAGAACCAGAUAAUCCUAUAAAACAAGAUUCUUCAGCUUCUUUUGGGGACAGGUUAUCCUGAAGAGAUCUCAUGGUGGGGACGUACAAUUUUUAAAUAAUUGGAUCUUAGCACUUUCAUGGUAACCUGCAAAGAUGCUUACAGUAAAAGGUUCUUCACAGCAAAGCCCUAGAAGAACCAUUCAGUCAAAGGUUCUUUAAAGAACCAUUUCUUUCUUACCUUUUAUAAUCUAAAUUAUAAAACGGCUAGUUCCAAUCCUUGAUUCUGAUUGGUCAAUGGGUGUGCUUUAUUCACGAUAAAACACUGCUAUGACCGCUUCACCCAACGGUUCUAUUUAAUAUCACUGCGCCCUUAGCAACACCCUUAGCAACACAUAAACAUAUAAUGAGACAAAGUUUGAGAACAGUUUGCUGUUUUUAUUUGAGCUUUCAUGUUGUUGUUCGCAGUCAGGGACUAUUUUUUCUAGUGGAAGGAA